GUUCCUUUAUACAAACGUUAACUUUGAAUUUGCAUCAUUAUUUUUAUGUUUAUCUCAUUAGUGACUGAAGAAAAAAGAAAUAGAAUUUAAAAAUGCAAUCGAAUUUAAAUGCGUUGAUGCGAUUGCACCAAUCCAAAGGGGUUCGUUACAAUAUUGAACUGCUAACAUGGAGCCAUAAAAUGGAUUUAAUUGCCAUGAGCAAUGACAAAGGUGAAGUCAUUGUACAGCGUCUAAAUUUACAAGGACUUUGGACUCAACCACCACCAUAUGAAGACGCCAAAGUCUGUGGCAUUAGUUGGCGACCUGAUGAACGAAUACUUGCCAUCGGUUACAACAGUGGACGCGUCAUUUUGGUAGAUGUGGAAAAUCAUCAGGCUGUUCAUACGCUCGAACUGAAAAGUGAAAUUGUCUCACUAAAUUGGACUCAAAACACAAAGGAAUCUUAUGAUGAUUUUGAUGACUUGCAAGGCAAUACAAAAUUGUUUGCAAAUGGUCAUAAAGUUUAUUUGCCACCGUUGCCGAAUUUCAGUUCCCUCACAUCGAAUACACGGAAAAAUGACUACAAUUGCCAUACACAGUACGCCACACGAGUGUUCAAUCUGUUGAUGGUUGGACUGAAAUCGGGUGUGGUGCGUUUGUUUGUUUUCGGUAUGUUGCCGUGUGGUCAGAUAAAUGUAAAAUCGGUGCUUGGCGUCAAAGGUACCGAAGAUUUUAAUCUGUGCGACAUGAAAAUGAGCAGCGAUUUCAAUACGAUCUUCGUUUUGGUUCGGCACAAAAACAAACUGCGUCAAUUGGCCUUUCAAAAUCCACUUUACUCAGAGUCAACCGUGUCAUUGUUGAAGUUGGCCACGCAAUAUGGAUACAUUGUGAAUACGUUGGCAUACAUUGAAGAAGUUGUUCAAUGCAUCAUUGAAGCUUGGGAAACGGCCCUCCUGGAGAUGGAUCGAAAAUUAACAAAUUACGUAAACUCUCGGCCGGACGGUGUUGUCUCUGCUGAUUUUCUUGAAUUGCUAUUAUUUGGUUAUGCGCCCGAUCCAUUGGUGAAAUUUUUAACGAGAGAUCUCACCGAUAAAGGCAUGAAAAAACUUGGCAAUUCCAUCGAAAUCACUUAUUCAACCAUUCAACAAUUGGUCAUUCGACCGUUGCACACAGCCAUAUUGAAUCUUUCGUAUCAUUUAAACUACUUGAAGGGAAUGUCAAAGAAUACAUAUUAUUAUAAGGAUUUAUUAGGCGCAAUUUCAAGUGAGUCGAGCUUGAAGGCUGGGGCGUUUCUUAUCAAAUCAUUGGAAUUGCAACAGGUGAUCGAGCAAUCAAAUCGUGAUUUUAAAAUAUUCUGGGGUUGGUUGUACGGCGUUAUUGUUCGUCUAAUGGAAGAAGCCGUACCGGAAGAUGUCGCCGCCGUUUCACAACAAGACACCAUUUAUUUGGCUGAAUUUCUCAACACAUUCGAUGAAUAUUGUGAAAUUGACCAUGAUGAUCGCAAAAAACGCAAAUUCAAUUUGGAACGUGUCGGUCAAUAUUUGCAAAAUCAAAAUCUCCAGAAAUUGUCACGAUUAAGUGUCAAUUCUGACUGGGGCAAACUGCUCGAGGAAAAUGAGUGUUUGAAAAAUUCGAAUUUCAUUUAUCCGCAUCACAAAGAAUUGUCAUUGGUGCAAGAGCACAAUAAUUUGAAAGACAGUAUUCGUCGAUUGUUUGAGAAGCCCGAUAUGCUAAUCAGUUUGAAAUUGCAAAUGGUAUACACAUUGGAUAUUUGUGAUAUAACAUAUCAAACACAUUUGCAUUGGCAUCAAUUUGAUUUGGAUGAAAAAGGUUCGACAUUAUUUUCGUUUACCAUUGACGGUAAACACAUUUACGUCAAGGAAUUUAUACCACGAUCUGAAUGUAUAAAAUUUGCUAAAUUUCAAUUUCCCGUGAUCGAAUGUAUGGAGAACAAUGAGACUGUUGGCAAUUCAGAGCUGAAUCGUAGAUUUCCCGAAAUGAAAUUGGUGCAUACACAAUUUUACAAUGAAAAAGCCAUGUCAAUGCUAUUUACAUACAAAAAAGAUAAACCGACGGCCAAUUGUUUCGUUCAAUUUCCGAUUCAACCAUUAUUGUCACGAUUGACUAGUACACGAAUUCAACGGCAUAUUGUAAUUGAACCAUCGAUUCCUGUUAUCAAUUUACGAGAUUUAUUAGAUCCAGAUUUGGUACGACCACUUGAUAUUAAUGAUGGUACCACGUUGGCCGUGUCAGGCGGACGAAAAAUUGCCACCAUUAUUUCGAUAUCACGUAAAAAAUUCUAUCACUUUGAAAUGGAGGUUGAUGAAGGCGACUACGACGACGAUGAUAACGAUGGCAGCGACAGUGAGAAUGUUGAUAAUGAAACGGAUAACAUGACAUUACACACUAAUGAGUGAACAUAAAAUUCAUAAUUGAAAUAUUCGAUUUUAAAUCAAUUUUGCACCAUAUUUACAUGAAUAAAAUUCAUAAAUAUAAUUGUAA